CCGGAACUUUAGGGAAAUUGCUGAUUGGCCUAUUGGAACUCAGUGACUGUGUGUGUGUAGUUUGAGAAGUUCCUCCUGCAUGCUCACGCUUGCUUGCGCUAACUCCCCAGAUUCGAGUGCAAACCUGUCAACUCAAAAAAUGUGGAAGAAUUGUGAUCCUGAUCCUGAGGCUGAGUUCCGACUCGGUGCACAUGAGUUCAAAAACCGACUCUUUUCUAAGCUGAAGGAAAAAGGGCAUGUCGAUGCUUUGAAGGCACAGCUUCGAAGUUGCCUUGUCGAUGAAUUACAAAAAAGUAAUCUCAGUUUGCCACUGGAACCCAAGAAUUUUGGAGACGAAAAGUCCUUGAUAUUUUGGGCUGCUAACAGUUUGGUUGCUGAUCACCUCAAACGAUGCAACUUUGAAUAUGCGCUUAGUGUGUUUCUGCCCGAAAGUGGAACAGCGCAUGAUCAAGUUUUCCCUGUCCGAGACCUUCUACAGUUGCUUCACAUCGCACCACAGUCAAAGCUUUACAAGAAAUUGACUGAAGGAGUAUCAGAUAAUCACAUGAAAGGCUUCUUGUGGCAACUGUUAAGUGAGAUUGCUAUUGAACAUGCAUACACCGACGGAGGUCAUGAAGGGCAGGCAGACAUCACUCCACUUGAUCCAAUCUCAUCUCUUGAUGAAAAGCUGACUGAUGUUGACCAGCAAUAUUCCGCUAAAAAGGAUGAGGUUCAUCACAGCGGGGGCCUUGCUAUGGAGGAGAGAAUCCUUUCCUAUCAGAAGCAGCUGGAAGACCGGUCCAACAUGCAUAUCAGGAUGGAGAUCUCAAGAUUUAAAGAAAAUGAAUUAGCCCGUGUGACGGUCAAAGAGAGAGAGAAGUGUAGGAAAGAGCAGGAGGAUCUCCGUAUGGAGAUGGAGAGAGCAUAUCAAGCUAAAGUAAGCAGUCUCAGCGCGCGGGAGAGAUAUGCCAUAGAACGUCUCCAGAAACAACAAGAUGGUCAGGAAAAGGAGGUUUACAUCCAACGGCAGAGUAUAUUGGAGGAGAUUGAAACAAUCCGUCAACGGGAAACACAGAUUAAAAAGGAUAUGCAAGUCAGUGAGAGAGAGAGAAAGCUGAAUGAGGACAAGUUCCGUGUUACUGAUGAGCUCCUUAGAAAGCGUGAGAAUGCCGUGAAAAGAUUGGAAGAUCACUUUGAAAAGAAGUUGGAUGAAGAAAUGGCCAGAUUCAAGUUGGAGGAACGGGCUAAAUAUGUGCAUCGGCUUAAAGAACUUGAAGUAAGAGAGGCAAGAAAUCAAGAGGAUUUGAAAAUCAUCAGUGUCGAGAAGGAAUCAUUGAGAAGUUUGUGUGAGAAACAGCAAGAGAUGACGAUGCAAGUGAAUGAGUUGGAGAUGGCCGAUUACAAAUAUCUGAAGGAAGAGAAUGCUGUACUUAAGAAAGAACUGGAAACUAUGAAAUUGCGAUUAGCAGAAGUCAGCAUUGAGAAUGAGACAGAGAAAAAAAAACAAGAUGUUCUUGUGAAGGAGAUGUUCAACCGAAAUGGGAAGCCAGAACCAGAAUCCCUACUGAUGCAUCAUGAAGGUGAGGAAACACAUGAUGCUGUCAAAUCAGGGAAGAUGAUGGCGGAGUGUGUCCAACGUGAAGUGGAGAAGAGGCUGCAGCAGGAGAUUAGUAGCAGCAAGCAGAUUCUGAAGAAAUUUGAGAAUCAGAUGUUACUGCAGCAGCAGAUGCAACGUGAGAUUAUGGAGCCCCGACAUCAGUUGAUACAGACACAUCAUGGAUUAAAUAAGGCCUCAAGAAUCCCCAUGAGAAACAGAGUGAUGUCACAGUCUGAAAAAGAAAGUAACGUGAUGUAUAAUGACCGUCCAACCUCUCCUGAUGAUUAUUUUGAUACAUCACUUGGGAAGAGCUCCCCUGAACCAGAGCUCAUGCUCCUUGGAGAUAAGAUCAAGCACCAAGAGUUCAUAGUAGGUGACUUGGAGGAUGAUAACUUCAUCCAUGAAAUGAAGAAUCGGCUCCAAGAUUUAGAGAAGGAAGCAGAGACCCUUGAAGCAAGCUACCACAGCUUCCAAGCACGCAUGUCCAAAAUUCACACUGACUUGCCCAUGGAGAGUGUUACUACAACUGCCUCCAAGUAUAACGUUGUGUUUGCAGACACGGUAGCUAAUUCACUUGGUAUUAUGAUGAAUUCGGCGAGCAGGAUGCCACCAUGUAGAAGUCCAGUAGGAGCCCCAUCCAGAAGCCGUCAAUUGCCUCCCUCUCCCCAACAUGUCCCAGUAGCUGCACCACGCCCUCUUUCCUCAACACCAAACAAACAUGCUGGAACAGCUCACGGUGAUCAAGGUACACGGACAGAUAGCAGUAAAUCUUCAGCUUGCAUUAACCUGCUACCAUCCUUCGGUCUUUCAAAUGUUGGUCACAAUGAUCAAACUGUCAUGACUGUGCAGGACAAUACUAUGAUAUCAUUACCAGUUCCACAUAGAAGGAAAAUAAUGACUGUAAAUGACCUUGAUGCUCGGCCAGGGUCACCAAGUCUUGUUGUGGUACCAGGCUCCCAAACAACAGACACGUACUCCUCUCAGCCAACAAACUCAUUCCGACCUGAAAUUGAUGGCGCUGCAAACCAAGAUGUCUCGUUAAGUGAUUUCAAAACCCCUCUUCGAAGCCAAUCCCCAGAAUGUGUGUCCGUUCCAGAAACACCACCUUCGAAUGGACAGCUGUCCACGUUAGAAGAUGUGUGGAAGUCCCAGCACGUACUCAUGGCUGUGUCCCUGGAUGAUACAUGGAAGCAAGAAACUGCGCAUGAAAUGCAGAAAAGGGAGUCAGAAGGGAGGCCUCUGCACAAGGAGGCAGUCGAGGCUAAUUUGGAGGAGCAGCGGCGUCAUUAUGAAGAAGGGAAGGAGAAACGAGAUGAGGAGCAGCGAGAGAGGGAGAGGUUGGAGUUGGAGAAACUUAAGAAAACAGUGCAGGCACAAAACACAUCAGAGCUUCUUCCCCUGACGCAAUUGCAAUCUGCCAAAUCAUCAGUUGCAACUGAUGAACCAAACAAUGACAAAGAACAGAUAGAUCCUCUCAUGCAGAAGUAUAUGGAAAUGGUUAAACAACAAAAGGAGAAAGAAAUGAAGGUUGUCAAGAAGACGGUGUACACCUGGAAGAAGGAUGUCCCUGAAACAACUCCAUCGGGAUCUGAACAAGAGUUAUCUGUGGCUGAGGAUAAAAAGGGGCAUGCUGAUGAUUCUGAUCAAUUUGAAUGGUGACAGCAUAGGAAAAUCAGGGUUUUAAGUUUGAUAAUAUUUCACGUUAUUACUGUAAUGUUGAAUGGUUCUGGGUAAAGAUAGAAUUGGCCAAGAGAGCCUGCCUACAGGCAAACAUUUUAUAGUUUACUGUACACGGGUAUCUUGUUUAGCAUGUCAUCUUUGAUGUUCAGGUGCAUGAAGAUGUGUAGUUUAGCCUCUUGACUACUGUUUGAACCAUUCCAUACAGGAGGCUUUUUGGCUCACCGUUAGGGGAGUCUAUACGAUAGCCCUGUGUUCGUCGUCGUCGUCCGUAUCCUGUGUGGCACGUUUCUUAACCGCUUGUGCUAUGAACUUGAAACUUUGUACACAUGACCCCCAAGGUCAGAGGUACUCUGACACUGAAUUUCGGUCCGGUCUGUUUCAUGACUUGGCCAAUAGGGGGCUAAAAGUUAAAACAUAGUGUGAUAUGUCUCUUAUUAAUGAUCCGUUUUCAAUAAAAAAUUUAUGGUAGGUACUCCUAGCCAGGAUACAUCACAUAUCAUGCGGGUUUUUGAUUUGACUUACUUUUCAAGGUCACAGAGGUCAAAUGGUGUAAAUUGGCCGUUAGGAUGUAACGAUGGCACGUUUCUAAACUGCAAUGACUAUUGAUCCCAAAUCUGGUACACAUUUACCCCUUAGUCAGGUGAUCUCAGGGACCGAAGUUUGGUCCAAUAUGAUUCACCACUCGACCACCAGGGGGCAAAAUCCAAAAACCUUAAAAAUUUGAUUAUUCCUUAACUUCUUGCCCGAUUGCCACCAAUUUGAUAUCAUGGGUACAUCUAACCACCAUACAUUAUAUGUCACACAGGUUUUUAAUUUGACUUUCUUGUCAAGGUCACAGAGGUCAAAUGGCGUAAAUUGGCUGUCAGGCCCUUGGUCAGGUGAUCUCAGGUACUGAAGUUUGGUGCGAUCUGAUUUGCCGUUUGGCCUCCAGGGAGGGGGCCAAAUCCUAAAUUCUUCAAAAUGCCAUUAUUCUUAGUAAUUACUUGCCCGAUUGGCACCAAUUUUAUAUCAUAGGUACAUCUAAUUCUAACAACCAUUCAAUGUGUCACCCGGGUCUUCUUUGAUUUGACCUACUUUUCAAGGUCACAGAGGUCGAAUGUACUGUAAAUUGGCCAUUUUGGGGAAAUUGUAAUUGCUUGGACCUACAUCAAACCUAACACUACAUGACACAAUACCAUGACUUUAUCCAUCUUUCCUCCACAUGAGGUGAGCACAAUGGCCCUGGCCAUUUCAUUGGCUCACCGCAGUGUCCUUCGUCAGUCGUCGUUGUCGUCCGUAUCCUGUUUUAAAAACAGUGGCAUGUUUCUUAACCGCUUGGGCUAUGAACUUGAAACUUUGUACACAGGACCCCCCAGGUCAGGUGACCUCUGACGAUUCUUGACUUGGCGACCGGGGGUCAGAAGUGGAAACCUAAAAAGUGUGAUAUCUCUCUUAUGAGUGACUCGUUUUCGAUAAAAAAUUUGUGGUAGGUUCUCCUAGCAAGGAUACAGUCAGUUGGCCGCGCCCCCAUUUCCGCGUAAUUCUCUCUGCGCUAUGACGCUACUGCAUAUCAUUACGAGCUCAUUAUCGCGUACAUUUAGGUGUGAAAAAUAUGAAGUCGGAAAUCGAUCCUAAACUUGCCAAAACCUUUCUGAAUGACAUGUAAACGGAACAUAUUAUUCUAGAUGAAACAUUAAUUAGUAGUUUCAUUAAGAAAAAAGUGUAAAAAGUCCUGAGGUUUGCUGUUGACGUUACUUUGAAUAGCGGUCGUCGCCCGAAAAUUUGCAAUUUUUUCACGUAAUUUUGUUGAAUAAAUGCACGUAACUCAUAAAAAACAUCGCGGGUGCUCAGAAGUAAUGACUGAUAUUUAUUGUUCUAUGUAUCUUUGACUGAAUAACACGAUAGAAAAAAUGAUUAUUUCCGUCGCACGGCUGGAAAAUACGUUUAAAUUGCCUCUGAUUUUUGUCAGAAAAUGUUGCAGCCGGAUUUAGGUUCCGACCAAACCCGAAGUUGAGCCGAAGAGGCCCGAACACUAGGAUCGCCACCAUCGCUACAAAACGUGUUCUAGAAUACUGAUUAUGAAAACUUGUCCAAUAGCCCAUCCCUCCUUUCAUGAGACCACCAUUGCCCAAAUUUAAUGACAAAAUGAUGCAAAGAAGAAACUUAACAUUAAAGAUAACUAAUCCUCUCUUCUGCAUCUUGAAACUCUUUGACAGUGAAACACUACAAUUGAAACAAGAACACUAAUAACAAACAGACAGUCGAUUGUUGAAGGGUGUAAAACACAAUGCCAAAUUCAAAUUCUUGCAAGUGGUGCUGUUGAACUUUUCAAGUGGAAGGAAUCAAAUUUAUUUUCAUUCGUGACGUUAUUUGCUAAUGAUUGUUUACACCAUUCAACAGCUUGACAUGUUCAUCAAACCCAAUUGACUGGAGAAGUGAAAGUAUUAGCUGAAAGAUAAAGCAGAUUUUUCCUGAAUGACAACAGCAUGGAUGUACAUUUACAACAGACAAAUUGAUGACAAACUUCAAGUUAAACCAAUCACAAUCUUGCAGGAAGAUGUCCUGUAAUAGGUUAAGUUUACACCUUUAACACUGGCAUUGGUCAUGCUGCUCAAAUUACAUACUUUAUCAGCUUUUUGGUAUUAUCUUUUACUGAUACAGCGACUCUAAAAAUGAGAUUGGUAAGUUCUGUGCGCGAUGUCUGGCACAAAAUAACUCUUGUGGGGGUACUGAUGAGGCUAUUCCCGGGUUUAUAAGCACCAUUGAUGGCUUGGAAGCCCGUUCAGACCCAGGCCACGGUCAGGGAAAAUAAACUAUCCAUCCAAAGGUCGUCCAAAAUUACCAGACAAUGCCUAUUAUUGAGCCAUGUCACUUAGUAGGCCCUGGUGUUUUGGACCGUGAAGAUCCACAUUGUAAUGUGUAUAUGAUUUCUUUUCCUGAACUAUGGCAGCCUUUUACAGGCAAAUCUGGCAAAAAAGUGCCUAAACAUAGACAACUAAAAUUACCAAACAAACAAGAGAUAUAUCAUUAUGAGAAAGUUUAUUUUCACACAGGAUAUACAGAGAAAUUUCUGAAUUAAGAAUCAGCCGGAUUGCCCAACAGUAGUAGUAGACAUCUCAGUCACCUGGAUCUGUUCGGAAGUGAAGCAUCAUGGCUCAUGCUUUACUGUUUGAGCACAUCCACACAAAUCGAUAGUAUUCCUGGUCAAUAUCAAUGACGAUAUGGUGGAACACAUGACAUACCUCCAGUCUCAUAACAUAACAUAACACUCACUCAGUCACUGUCACUCUGACAUGUCUGAUGACUAUUCUACCAGUAGCUUUAUCAAAAGGCUCAAAAUCAUCUGGUCAUUAGGCCACAAGUUUUAGAAAUUAUAGUCCGACUAAGCAUAUUCAUCAACAGAACUCAAACAGGCUACCAUCAUGCCAUUCUCACUUUUAAACACAAUUUUUUUGAGACACGCUGUGCAUUAAAAAAAAUUUUAAAUAUCGCAUCGUGCACGCAAUUGCCGCGAAAAACGGCUUGAUUAACAUCACGUGAUCCAAAACGUCAUAAAUAUUAAUGAGAUUUCUUCGAAAAAUCACCAAAUUAAGUGCCAAAAAAGAAAUAUUUAGGAAACCGGGUGCUCAAAUGUUUUAAAAGAUAUGAAUUCAUUUAGGAUUGGUCAACCACUUCGCAAAAAAUCAAUUUACCGAAUAUCGUCGCAAAGUGGGAAAAUAUCUUUGAGUGAGGUAUGUUCAGCGAAGAUUACGAAAAUAUCAUCGUUCGAAAAAUUAAUCAGACUCGGUUGAUUUUGCUUGGAAUUUGAUGAAAUAAACACCAAUUUUUAGCUCAGCUGACUAAGUCAGCCGAGCUUGUCAAAUAAGUUGUUCAGUGGCGUCCGUCUGUCCAUCCAUCCAUCCAUCCAUCCGUCCGUUAAACCCAUGGUGCACAUUUUGUAACCGUAAGACCUAGAGACUUCAAUUUUGCAUUUCUGGAUACUUCUGGUCAAACUCUACUUUCAAAACAAUUGUUGCCAUUCGACCUACUUCCUGCGAGCGAGAGUGCAUGAAGGAAACUGGCCUAUAUCGGCCUAGGAGCAGCAGAAUUAGUCGAAAUAUGCUCUAAUAUUAAGAUAAAAUUCUUGAAAAUCUAUUUUAUUGAGAAAAAGUUCAAAAUUUUAACAGGAGAGGGCGCUACCUGCCUUUUAAUUAUUUCUGCCGAUUCAAAUUCCCGCCCGAUGACGUCAGCAAUCAAUGAAGUCUCCUAUUUGCCAGUUCUCAAAACAUGGCAGCUACACAACAAAAGCAGUAGCUCCAGGAAUAAAUCACUGUUCACUUCAGCUUCGUAAUCGAUUGUACCCCCACUUUAUUGUGUUUUGUGUGGUGUUCCUAUUCAAUCAACGAUGUAAGGCCUUAUUAUGUUGGUUUUAAUUGAGAAGGUGCAUUAUAAGCGGCGUACGAAAUACCGAAGCGGAGACAAAAUGGCGGCAUGUUGUUUACGCCAUGUGCAAUAAUCUUGGAGCUCAAUGACACUCAAGUACCCAAUUUUCUGCUUAUAUAAAAGUAGUCUGGUAGGCGAUAUUAUCACUAGUUCAUUUCAGUGGUAGUCAUAAGGUCUUUAGGGACUAAAUUCAGAAAUUAGUUCUUGAAAAUUUGGCCACAUUUCUGUGAAAACGAUAUCGGAAGUGCAUGCUCUGUUCGCGAUGACAUCGCCGAUGUAGGCUAUUUUGAAGUGGAGAAUUCCCACAGUAUGUGCAGUGAAUCGGCAUGAUUCUGUUCGCCUAUAAUGUUUUAGUUCUACGAUUCUUUCAUGAGUAAAAAGUAGACAUUCUAAGCAAUACAAUAAUGUCACUCCCAUAAAAAUUGAUUGGAAAUUGAGAGAGCUACCGCAUUCUGUUCGGCAACUGGCAGCGCUGAAAAAAUACAUUGCAUACUGUACAAUACCAAAUGGCACAUUUUAAAAAGCGCUCAUUGGACAACGUAGGGAAUCACCAGAAAUGACGUCAUCGCUGGUCUAAAUGGAAAACUACGGUGGCGCAGUAGAGCACAAGAAAAGGUUUAGCAUUAACUUCGUCAUGCAAGCUUCAGCAACAAAACGAUUUCUCAUGAAUGAUUUAUUUGAUCAUCAUCAGCUUGUUUCCCCUGAUAGAUAAAAAAAUGAUUUACAAUUUCCAUCAAAGUUUUCUAUUUUGUGUAUAGUCACAUGUUAUUUAACUGGCAAGGAGCCAAGCAGUUUUGAAUAUUCGCGGGGAAAUACUUCGUACUUGUAAACGAGGCUAUGACAAUGAGUAUCCUCAUUCAUGGCAUAAACUUCAUGUUUCGGUAAAUAUUUUCAUACGAUGAUUUCACCCGAAUUAUGGUCAGGAUUGAGGAAUGAACAGUGGCAUAAUUAUGUCAACCAAAAACAUUGGUACCGUAGUGAACGCAAAAGGAUAUCAAAUACCAUGGAGCAUGCCAUUUUCAUGCAUAAUGAACUAAACACCGGGAAGAUAUUAAUGAUAUUAACUCAGCUGAGCGCCAGGCCCUUGGGCCUCUUGUUUCUUUCAAUAACUAACAAUUUCGCCAUCUUUGAUCAAUCGCUCUCCCCGAACAGUCGUGCAUGCUACAGAGGUUUUAGUCUCUGCCACAAAUAUGGCGCGAGUUAGUACUAAAUUUUUACCGAUAGGUGACAGUAGCAGCGCAACGCAGAGAGAAACGCUUUUUGAGCGCUGCGAACGAGGGCGCGGCCAACUGACUGGAUACAUCACAUAUCGUACGGGUUUGUGAUUUGACCUAGUUUUCAAGGUCGCAGAGGUCAAAUGGCGUAAAUUUGCUGUUUGCGUGUAACUAUGGGAAGUUUCUUAACCGCAAAAGCUAUGACCUUGAAUUUUGGUACACAUGACUCCCUACGUCAUUUAGUGUUGGUCACUGAAUUUUGUCUGAUCUGAUUCUCGACUUGGCCACCAGAUGGCCAAAACUAAAAAAAAGGAAAAAGUGCAUUAUCUCGCUUAUUAGUGACUUGUUUUUGAUGAUAUUUUUAUGGCAGGUACUCCAAGCAACGAUACAUCACAUGUCAUACCGACUUUGGUUUGACCUGUAUACUAUACAUGCAGCAUGUUCCUUAACCAGGAUGAAUUCCUAACCACCAAAUAUCUAUACGGUGAGCACAAUGGCCCUUGGCCGUUUCAUUUGGUAUUAUUGCACGCUAUUGUGCAGCCAUGUGCAUCUGGCAAAACCUCUGUCUUCGCCUGCCAGAAUACUCCACCACAGUGCCACCUAUACAACAUAGUUCAAGUUGGUGGGUAGACCGCUCAAGUGGUUGGCGGUAAAAACGUUGCGACCGCGUUCGGCGGUAGUCAAGAGGUUAAGGAAUUGAUACCUCAAGGUUGGUGUUGGUUGUCUCGCCAAAACUACCAGGGAUGGGCUAAAAUGUUGACCAAAACUGAGGCAUUUUAGCCCAUCCCUGGCGGUUUUGGUGAGACAAUCAAUACUCACAGUAAGGUAUCAAUUUCUAUUCUAAAAUUUCUCAAAUUAGAUGAGGAAUAAAUGUGGUUUUAAAUGCUUUUUGACUGCUUCCAUAUUUUGCACCAACCCAAGUGGUUAUGGUUGCCUAACCAUAACUGCCAAAUUCAAAACAAGGCACCUUAGUCGCAUUCUGCAUUGUGCAUUUACACUGUAAACUGUGGUUCAUUAAAUCUAGACGUUUUAGAAUAAGGAAUCGAUACUGAGGUAGAUGUCCUUGGUUGUCUAAUGAGGACUUCUCGACAACCAUGAAUACAUACCAAAUGAAAGGCACCAGUAGAGGGUUUUUGGUGCAAUUUGAGGUCUAACAGAGCGGUGUUUGUUAGGCAACCAAGGAUCCACUGUGAGGUAUUAAUUUCUAUUCCUAUAGGACUCAAACUGGACAUUAAUUUGCCUUCAUUUUAAAACCUCUUGGUUGCAACAGCAAAGAUUGUUGUGAUUGAAUAGGGCUUAACGUAUAUUCAAUUAAAAUCAUUAACAUCAUGCUACCAAUUUGUUAAAGAAUGUCCGUCAUGAACCUGCUACAGGUAAUAUUCAUUUAAAAAUACAGAAACAAAGUAUUAUUCCCCUUAAAAACCCUGUUAACCCUUUCAGGACUGAAUAUUUUUUUCCUAAACCUGCGCUCUGGACUGGAUAUUUUAAAAGUUUUUUCUUCCAAAAUCGAAAAUUUUUGAAAGCAAAAUAUCGGCUUUGCAAGAAUCACUAUGAAGUUGGCAUGAAUAGAAAAGGUAUUCCCCAGGAUAUCGGUAAUCCCCUCCGAGCAGUUAAAAAUGCAGAUUGGCAUUAAAAAUGAUUGGAAAACCGAUGUACUGGAAAGAUAGACUAUCUCGCAUUUCUGCGAGAAUCGUCCAGAACGGAGCUAUUGCGAUGCUCGCAAUUUUGCGAGACUUGGUCGAGGCCUAUAAAUUAGACGAGUGCCAGAAAGGGUUAAAUGGUAGAAUUGAUUUGAUGAAGCACAUAUUUUUGCAUUCUUUUUAAUCAUAAUGAUAGAGAUUUCCAACUUAGUAAACCCUUUGAACCCUGCAGGCUGCUAAACCGGCCUGAACUUUAUAUGAGCCACAACCUAGUGGCCACUAAACUGGCCUGGCAUGCCUGAAGGGGACGAGACAAGACCACUAAUGAAUAUUCAUAGGUUGGAGGGUCGAGGCCUAUAAAUUAGACGAGUGCAUGUUUUUAACUCUCAAGUACAUAUUUGGAGAGGUAUUGAAAAAAUAUUUGUUGUGGCAAGUCUACAGAUAUAAAGAAAUUAUUUGAUGAAAAAAUUAAUUUCGAAUUUUGCUAAUUUGUUUUGAGACUUUUCUGCCAGUUGGCUGAAAAGAGUGGAAAUAUCAAUGUCUGUCCGGAAUAUCAUAUCAAAAUUUCAGAUUCACAACCCCACGCAGUAUUUGAUGCGUCGCGGUCAAACAUUAACUGCUAAAAGGCUUAAAAAAUCAAUUGUGGUCUUGUCUCGGACCACGACUACCUGAGCAUAAUAGCGAUUAUUUUGGUUUCGUAAUUAAACCGUAGAUGUCUCCCCUAAACACUUGGAGGUCGUUAGCAGCAAUCAGUAAUAUGUAAUUGGCUCUAGAUUAUGUAUUUCUUGAUUGAGGGGUUUUUCAUGGACUUCAAUCAAUAAAUAAAAAAACAAACAAACAAAAUAUUGCCCUAUAAAACUUAGUAGCAAGUAAAAGAAGAGGCACCAAGCAAGAAAAUAAGUGCCCCAAAGGGGGUGCUGAAAAAGACCCUCGGGGGGGGAAAAAGUAAACAAAAUAAAUGCUAUGUUAUUCUGUAAUAAAGCUUUAUCCUAUCAAAAAGCAGGAGGAUAGAUGAAUACAGUACAGUUUUUCUUUAUGAAAAUAACUCUUCUAAUUUUUUCUUAAAAUUUUUUGGAAAAUACUGCAUACCCCUUAGGAGCUCAGGGUUCAAAGUGUUAACAGGUAUCUCAGGGUCAUUGAGCCUUGCUCAUCCUAUUCCCAGGGUCAUGUGACUGAGGGAUGACAGUUUUGUUGGAAUGAUUAGCUGAUGGUAGUUUUAGUAGUAGAUAGCUGUCGGUUUUGUACAAGAAUAACAUAGCUGUAGGUUUCUUGCCUUAGGAAAAAAGAGGUAGUCGUGUUUAGGGUGUACUCACGGUUUUCCAACUUUUCAUAACCACUCCCCCUGUACGCAUGGACCCAUGACUCGUACUUGGAGCAUAUCAAAAGACUGUCAGUUCGUGGUGUAUGUAGAAAAUAGCAUAAUAAACAUGCCAUGCUGCAUGAUAAC